GACGAGGGAGAGGUACUUCUUGGACAGAGAGUGAUACUCUGAAGGGGGAAAGUAGAGUAACAGAGACACUCAUGGCGUCAAGGUUAUGGGCUUCAAGGGCUGCUUCUUAUCUCAGGCUCUCCGUUUGUCAUAGAGGCUUUGCUUCUGUUGUCAAGGAUCUGAAAUAUGCUGACACCCAUGAGUGGGUCAAAGUGGAAGGCACUUCUGCUACCAUAGGAAUAACUGACCAUGCACAGGACCAUUUAGGGGAUGUUGUAUAUGUUGAAUUGCCUGAAGUUGGAGCUUCUGUAUCACAGGGAAACAGCUUUGGUGCAGUUGAAAGUGUAAAGGCCACUAGUGAUGUUAACUCUCCUGUUUCAGGGAAAGUGAUUGAAGUCAACGAAGAGCUAAACAGCUCUCCGGGUUUGGUUAAUGCAAGCCCAUAUGAAAAUGGAUGGAUUAUGAAGGUGGAGCUGAGUAACACAGGUGAACUGGAUUCCUUGAUGGACUCCAAUGGGUACUCAAAGUUCUGUGAAGAAGAAGAUGCUGCCCAUUGACUGGUUAAGAAACGGAUAUUAAGGUAGCCAGCUACCGAAGUGCAAAUUUUUUGCUUCAUUUCCGAAUCUCCAACAGAAGAAGUCAUUUUUUUUUUUUGUUUCUAAUAUAUUGAAUUGUAGGGAUCUUAAGUUGGAAUUUUCUAUCUUGCUGAGAAUAAUUUGAUUUGUGUUUCA